AUGUCAGAUGGGUACAUGUGGUUUGAAGGGAUCCCUUUCCCUGUUGCUCCCAGUUACACACCAGUGCACCUGAGAGCAAUGCAGAAUUUUGUGUUUAAGGAUGAAGAUGACUUAACACUGUCAUUCCCCAAAUCAGGAACAAACUGGUUGAUCAAAAUUUUCAGCCUGAUUCACUUCAGGGGAAAUCCCACGUGGAUCCAAUCUGUGCCCAUCUGGGAAUGCUCACCCUGGUUCGAGACCGCGCAUGGAUACAAAGCCCUGGAGGACAAGGAAGGCCCACGCCUCAUCACCUCCCACAUCCCCAUUCAACUUUUCCCCAAGUCUGUCUUCCAGUCCAAGACCAAGGAGGCCCUGGUGACCAGGGGCAGAGCCUACUCUGAACGCACCCUGCUCACACCAGUGUCCUUUGGAUCAUGGUUCGACCACGCUCGUGGCUGGAUGUCCAGGAGAGGGAAGGGGAACUUCCUGAUAGUGAGUUACAAAGAGCUCAAGCAGGACACGAGAGGCACUAUACAGAAGAUCUGCCAAUACCUGGGCAAGACGCUAGAACCAGAGGAAAUGAACUUAGUGCUCAAGAAUAGCUCCUUCCAGGUCAUGAGGGAAAACAAGAUGUCCAAUUACACACUCCUGCCCAGUUGGCUUUUAGAUGGGAAGAAUGGAUCACUGAUGCGAAAAGAUAAUAUCCUUUUAUCUUUCUCAGGCACUGCUGGGGACUGGAAAAAUCAGUUCAUGGGCCAAGCUGAAGCCUUUGACAAAAUAUUCCAGGAGAAGAUGGCCGGCCUUCCUCGAGCGCUGAUUUCAUGGGGACAAUGUUGA